AAGUAUAUAAGAGCAAAUAAAAAUUUAAUGUUUCCACUGAAACCAAAAAACGACUACAAGUAACUGUGUCUUUUGGAAAAGUAACACUGUUUGGUCAACACAUGCAUUUUGAUCCCAAGUUCAAGUAAACACGGCAGAAUGUUUCAUACAGCAGAUGACUACCAUAAUAUAUCCAUGAGACUUUCUGAGGUCUUAGACGAUAUUGGAGUUAAUGAAAAGAUGACACUGAAGAUAAGAAGGUGGGUUUUACUGACAGAACCCAAUGAAACAAUCAUAUACAGAGCACUACAAUUUCCAACGACUAUCUAUAAUUUUGGCAGUUGGUCAGAGGGUACUACAACAGCUGGACUUAAAUCAGAUACUGACUGUCUUCUCACUCGGGAUGAUUCCAAUGUGAUACAGGACUGGUCUGAAUGGACUCCAGGUAAGAACCUCCUGAUGAUUCAGAAUGAAACAACACCUCCUGGAUAUUGUCUCCUACAAAGGCUUAUAGAUAAUGCUCCACUUCCUCUUACACAUGAAUAUGAUAAUUACCUUGUUAAGGACACUAGUGGACGGAUAUUGUUAAAGAAUACAUGGCUUGAUACCGUUAUGAUCGAAGGACAUCAGAGACAAGGACCAUCAUUAGCAAUUACACAACGGCCUGGUAUCGUUGAUGCUGACUCAGUCAUAGCAUUUCCAUGUACAUCAUGGCCACAAUCAGCUAAAGCCUGCCUAAAUAAUUUGGAUGAAAAUAAUUGGCCUACAGCAGAUAUGAAAAGAUAUAUGAAAACAACAAAGUGUUUUGUUGUUGGGGUUGGCUACAAAGUCAGUGAAAGUGCAGAUUUUGAAUGGAGAAUUUCUACCUCAUUAGCUGAACGGUGCUUGAUGUUCAAUUUGAACAUUACUCAAAUUAGAUGUUACAUCUUAAUGAAAAUGAUUAUGAAAACAUACAUUAAUCUUGACAAUGAAAGUUACAUUUCCAGUUUCAUCUGUAAAACUGUUUUGUUUUACUGUAUAGCAAGUAAACCUUUAAAUAUAUGGAAGGAAUGUAACAUUUUAAACUGUUUAACAUACUGCAUACUUACACUGAACAGAUGUAUUUCAUGUGGGAACUGUCCACAUUUCUUUGAUCAUGAGAACAACUUGAUGGCAGGCAAAUUUUCAAAUAAAGUACAACAAGAAUUACUUCAAACAACAGCAAACCUGGUACCAUGUGAUGGAAUGUCACUUUUUGGAAUUCAGAUUGACGAUGUUGGUGAAAGACUUCUGAUCAAGCUUAACAUGAUAAAUGGAGCACAUCGUAACAUUCCAAGCCCAGAUGACUACACUACUGAUUGUUCAGUUCAUUUUUUAAUUAAGACAGCUAAACAUUUUUUAACCACCCAUAAUUUAUGUUAUGCGGCAAAAGAUGAAACUUUAGUUACGGCAUUUAGAAUUCUGUUACAUUUAAUGAGACACUACAGGGAUGGUGACAUGUUAGUAAAGGUAUCAAGCAGACUUCAAGUACCUCUAAUUUGCAGCACCAUAGGUUCCCUGAUAGCCUCUCAUAACAUUGAAAUACACAACACAGUUUCUCCUCAAGCACUAGCCUGGCUUGAAGCAGGACUGGACUCGGAUGUUGCUUCAAGCAGACUAAAACUUGCUUCUAUAUUGUAUUGUACAGGAGACAUGGAAAGAGCAGCAUUCAUUCUUAAUGAUGUAGAGCAACAAUACAAUAUAGAAGUUACUGAGCCAGCAUGUGGCUGCUACAACUUUUCUACACAAAUUGUUAAAAGAAGAUUUGGUCAAAUUUCCACCCAGUAUAAUGAAGAAGAACUUAGGUACAUUGUUGCUUAUUGUGUGAUAUUUUGUAGCGGGGAACUAGACUGUGUACCACAUGAACUUCAGUACGAGAUGUUCAGAUCAACACAAGAGGACCUGCCAUACAGAGAUAUAGAGUGUGAUGAAUGGAUGGACUGUGCUGUGGUAGACUCACUUCCAUACCUUUAUUUUCUACAAUACAAGACAUUUGGCAACCUAGGCAAGCUUGAUGAACAGCAACAAGCACUGAACAAACUGAUAUGGGUGACUGUUACAGCGCUCAACCUAGGACACAGGGAAACAGCAUGGAAUCUAGUAGGACAGUGCAUGGAACAGGAGAACAGACUAGCUGAUGCUCUACAGUGUUACAUGUUAUCUCUACGUAUAAGGGAAAGAAACAAUGCUGCGAAGAUUCUUAUCUGUGUAUGUUUGGCACGAAGAAUAGCAACACACACUGAACAAACUUCUGUGGGUCACUGAAACAGAGUGCAACCUUAGACACAGAAACAGCACUGAAUCUACUGGGACGGUGCAUGGAACAGGAGAACAGACCAGAUGAAGCUCUACAGUGUUACAUGUUAUCUCUACGUAUAAGGGAAAGAAACAAUGCUGCGAAAAUUCAUAUCUGUGUCACAGGACUAUACUUGUUCUUGUUCUGAGCCAGUAUUACAUUGUCUAUAAAGCUGGCACAUACAUUUAUCAUGACUGGAUUGGGAAUGUGAACAUUUUCUUUUGGAAUAAUUAACAACACAUUUUGUUUCUAUUUUUUUCAUUUAUUUUUUAAUAACUGCAACUGUAAUUUUUAUAUUAAUUUCUAAAUUUUCCUUUUUAGCCUAAACAGUCCCAAAUCUUAUCAAAAACGUGUUUUUAUUUUGUUGUGCUUGCACUGACACAAUUACAGGUCAUUAAUGCAGGGUUUUCCCUGAUGCACAAAUCCUGCGUCAUAGUCGCACUUUUCUGAUAAAUGACCCAUAAUAAUAAAAUCUGUGCGUCACAGUGGACGCAAUUUCUUGAAAAUCUAAAUCAGGCCAAUUUUGUUUACAAAGAGUGAUUUUCUGAAAAUGUACUUUCAGUUUCAUAAUUAUAUGCAGACUGUGUCACCAAUUUUCUAUAUUUGUGUUGAUUCACAUUUCACAAAUUUAAUACCCAGUCCGAUACUUUGAUUAACACUUUGUAACAGUUGUUUUUGCUGCUCCUUACUACUACUAGUAGUACCAGUCUGCUGUUUACUAAAAAAAAUGGCUCAAAAGCAAUGCAAGCUGACGAUGUUUAUGACGUUGUUGGCAGCAAGUACAGUAGGACCCAGUGGUUCAAAUUAACUGUUUCUACUGUAAUACUGCCUGAUAAAAGGUACUAAAACCUAUUUUAGAACAUUAUAUAAAUAAAAGUCAAACAUCAGCUGUUUUUUAUCAUUUUAUUCAGUGACAUAUAUGGGGAAAGACUUCAAUCUGUAUAAUCACUAGUAUAAGUAAAACAAAGUUUUAUUCAAAAUACUGAAAGUAUAUCUGUAUGACCCCCAAAAUUUAGAAAUGACCCCCAGAUGUGAAACACUGGGGGUCACAAUCA